CACAGCCCGGGGCCUGGCAGGGCCGCGUCUUUAGCAAGCGCGCUGGGCACCUCCUCCUCCGCCGGCCCGACCCACGUCUCGGCGGUGGGGACCCGGGGGCGCCGCGACUUGCCCGCAGUUGGACGGUGGGAGGUGGUUCCCGCAGGGUCCGGUCCAGGGAGCACCGAGUCGGGGGGAGCCCCCCGCCCCAGGAGGAGAAGCUGAGGAUCCUGCGGCUCCGCUGCACCAUGCCCUUCCCGCGCGUGCCGCCGCCGCCCGUCCCCGCCCCCGCCCCGGGGGCCCAAGCAGCGCUCCAGUUACCCCAGAGGCCCUGCGCCUCCGGGGACAAGAAGAAGAAGUCCCCGGAGCGGCCCCAGGGGCUCCUCUCCAGUUCCUGGCCCUCCGCUACGCUCAAGAGAUCGCCGGCUCGGCGGGGCCCGGGCUGGAACAGGACGCAGCCGCCGGCCCCUCCGGGCGUCUCCCCGCAGACCUCUCCCGGCCGCUCGCGGGCCCGGGCCACGUGCGCCACUCCCCGGACGACGGGCUCCGGCCACAGCCCAGCGAUGACCAGGACCACCUGCGCGGGUACCUCGGCGGGGACGGGGACCACCGCCGCGGGGACCUCCUCGGGGCGGGGGGCCGGGCCCGACGCCGCCGCGCGCUUCUCGCUGAGCCUCCCCCCCGAGGCCGUCCUGGUCCUCCAGAGGCGUCACCUGGAGAAGCAGCUGCUGGCGCGGCCCAGCCGGCCCUUCCCUUCGCCCUCGACCGAACCCAGGCGGCUACUCGCUCCCUGUCCCCGGGCCAGGGCGGCGGGCUCGCGGAGGAGCGGCCCCGCCAGCGACCCCGACACGCCCCCCGCCGGCCUCGGCCGCCGCGCCCGGCUGCUGACCAGCGGCCUGCAGGUUCCCCAGCGGAGCCCACGGCCGGGGUCCCUGCGCCCGAUGCUCAAGGUGUCGCUGCUCAACGAGCGGCACAGGUACGACGACGUGGAGUACGAGGAGGAGGAGGCAGAGGCGCUGGACGAGGGCCUGGUGCGCAAAUGCACUGAGUGGCUGCGCGGCGUGGAGUCGGCGGCCGCCUCCCGGGACCGGGCCGGGGCCCUGGACGCGCGGCGGCACCUGAGCACGCUGUGAGCGUGGCGGGCCUGCGGGGACGGGGCCUCCGGGGACGCGCCAGGCCUGAUCCCACCCAUCCGCUGCCCUUGCCGCUCCGCCUGGGGGCAGUCGGAGGAGACCGCAGGCUCCUCGGGCCGCCAGCGCCCACCUCCAGGACACCCGUGAGCAAGCCGGCCCGCGUGGGGCGCUACCAGACUCGCCAGACUGCCACGGUCCCCCUCCCGCCCUCGCCAGCCGGCAGCCCAGGACUUUCUUGUCUACAUCGGUGUCAUCUACCCCAGAAGCCGCCUCUGCCCCACUCUGGCCUCCCCUUGGCGCCCCCGAGUCCUUGCAGUUAGUGGGGAAUUAAGCAACUAUGAAAAUGCCUCUCGGCCCCACCAGCCCUAAGGCUGGUCUAAGUCCCAGAGACCCUCUGCCUGGAGGCGGGCCUUCCCCAGGGCUACAUCUGCACCCCCUGUGGGUGUCACCCUCGGCUGCACCCUGGACAGUGCAGCAGGCGAUGGCCCAGGGUGGGUGGCCGCGACGGUGGCCUCCUGCUGCAGAGCUGGGAUGCGGUGCUACAUUUGUGGUUUUGUUUUCUCCCAAGUCAGAAAAGUGUUGAGGGCAUUAGAAAUCCCUGAAACUCAGUGAACCGAAUUUCCAGCCUCCAAAGCGGAGGAGUAGGCACCGCCAGAGCUGGUGAGCCCUAGUCAAGGGGCGCUUCCAUGGAAACCGCUCAACCGAUGAUAUUUUUCUGUGUAUUAUUUGAAUAAAGAGUAAAACUCCUCCGCCGUUUUGUAACCAUACCCUUUUGCCACUAACUGGAGGCUGAUUUAUACAUAUUUCUUCCGUACAUCUGAGUAUAUGUAACUCAAAGGAUGAGAAAGAAAUAAAAUGGUAUGAUCAGAUGAGGCUGGUUUUAGAAGAGUAACGUAUU